ACGGCCAAUCAGAAGCAGUGAAAUUACCUUCAGUUUUUUAAAUGGAACUCCAUAGCCAAUAGAAAAUCCUUUAGGUCGGAAAUGUAGCGACCCUUUCUUUCUUUCUUUUUUUUUUUUUGUUUUUUGUUUUUAAGAACAAUUCUAAAUUUGCCCUCCCCUGUUUUAGAAGCGCAUGAGACCAUAUGUGUCUGCUCGUGCAUUUGCUAAAUAUUUCCGAUCCUUAAGUUCUUGUGUUUGAGUGAAGAAUCUGACCCCUGUUCUGCUUCUCAAGGUAACUUUAAAACAGGAAGUGUACAAAGGAGGUAACUGAUGACGUGAACAGCCAAUCAUGGCUUUGUAUUCUUAGCUGAUAAAGCAGCUUAGCCAAUGGGACUGCUUUGGAGGCAAGGUUUGGUGUCAAAUAGCAGGCUAGAUUGAAUGCCUUUGACUGUUAAAGUGGAAGGAGGCUGCAGGGCUUCAUUGGAGCCUCAGAGUUUUUCACUGAGGCAGGGGUCAGCUGAAAGACAAAGAAAAAUGGCGAAUAGUUUGCUGUGGGGUGGGAGGACAGCUGUUCGGGUUUUCACUGGAAUGAACAUUCCAGACUCAGGUUUCUACAUCUUCUGCUGCCUUUUGUCCUCCGGUCUUUUUUUUUUUUUUUUGGGGGGGGGGGAUAGGAGUGACUUAAAUUCUCCCUGUCCGAGGAGAUAUAAAUAACUCCAUGUAAAAUUAAUGCAGUUCUCGGUGUCAAAAUGUCCACAGAAGGAGGGUUUGGCAGUACCAGCAGCAGUGAUGCCCAGCAAAGCCUCCAGUCCUUCUGGCCCAGAGUCAUGGAAGAAAUCCGAAACUUAACAGUGAAAGAUUUCCGAGUACAAGAACUACCACUGGCUCGUAUUAAGAAGAUUAUGAAACUGGAUGAAGAUGUGAAGAUGAUCAGUGCAGAAGCCCCUGUGCUGUUUGCUAAGGCAGCCCAGAUCUUCAUCACAGAGCUGACUCUUCGAGCCUGGAUCCACACAGAGGAUAACAAGCGUCGUACUCUUCAGAGGAAUGAUAUUGCUAUGGCAAUUACAAAAUUUGAUCAGUUUGACUUUCUCAUCGACAUUGUUCCAAGAGAUGAACUGAAACCUCCAAAGCGCCAGGAGGAGGUACGCCAGUCUGUGACUCCCGCGGAGCCUGUCCAGUACUACUUCACGCUGGCUCAGCAGCCCACUGCUGUCCAGGUCCAGGGACAGCAGCAAGGCCAGCAGACCACCAGUUCUACGACCACCAUCCAGCCUGGCCAGAUCAUCAUUGCGCAGCCUCAACAGGGUCAGACCACACCCGUGACCAUGCAGGUUGGAGAAGGUCAGCAGGUGCAGAUUGUGCAGGCCCAACCUCAGGGUCAGGCCCAGCAGGCCCAGAGUGGUACUGGACAGACCAUGCAGGUGAUGCAGCAGAUCAUUACCAACACAGGAGAGAUCCAACAGAUCCCGGUGCAGCUGAAUGCCGGCCAGUUGCAGUAUAUCCGCUUAGCCCAGCCUGUAUCAGGCACCCAAGUUGUGCAGGGACAGAUCCAGACCCUUGCUACCAAUGCCCAACAGAUCACACAGACAGAGGUCCAACAAGGACAGCAGCAGUUCAGCCAGUUCACAGACGGACAGCAGCUGUACCAGAUCCAGCAAGUCACCAUGCCUGCAGGCCAAGACCUUGCCCAGCCCAUGUUUAUUCAGUCAGCCAACCAGCCCUCUGAUGGGCAGACCCCCCAGGUGACUGGAGACUGAGGCCUGAGCUGCAAAGCCAAGGACCCCCAACACAAUAUUUGCCAUAGAGCCCCCAGGCGAUGGGGACACACCUUCCCUCACCAGAGGACCCGGGACUUCAUUGCCUCCUGCAGGCUAAGAUACUGGUGCACUACUCUCCACGCCUGGGGACUGAGAGCCUACAACAGAAAGAUGCAAUAUUUUUUAUUUUUUAUUUUCUUUUUUUCAUUUUUGUCUCCAAGGAAUCAAUAUUUCAAUAUAUCGAGCUAUGUGUCCAAUGCUAUGAAACGAGAAUAUUAAAUAACAUAUUUAUGGCAUUUUCUUGAAACGUGUGGUUGAAGAAAUAAUUCUCUUGUGUGUUUCCUGGCUUGGGCACUCACCACCACUGCUAAAGGGCAGGGCAGCCUGUGCUCUUCCUUCCCAAGGGUGUACAGGAUUUCCACUCUGCCAGUUCUGCCCUCAGAAAAAGAGAAAGGGUCAGACCCUUUUCCACCAGCAUUCUUCUCUGCCCCUUUCCUAGAGCCUUCCGCAUCCAGAAGAUGUGGGAACAUUUCUUGCCUGUGGGCCAUGAACUCAUUCUCCACAGAGAGCUGGUUUCCUCCCCAUCCCUUCUCUCCAAGAUCCAGGAGAACCAGGACUUUGUGCACUGUUCUGCCCACUGUUUUAUUUUUUAAAUACAUUAAAGAUUGUGCUCAUCUCCAUUGCUGCAUGGACUUCAAACUGCAUGAAAUGCAAUAAAUCUUGUUUUCGGUA